AUGCCUCGCGGGGCCAGCUUUGCCCGAGGCCGCCGGCGCGCACCUGCUCGUCGUGGCCAAGAUGAGAAUUUUGAUAUUCCAGAGGUAUAUCGAGAAAUGCUCGCCGAGGAAGAAGCGCGCACUGCGCCGGAGUCACAAGACGAUGAUACUACUAGACCCUUGAAACGUCGCAGGGUGGGAGAAAGGGCGACGGCGCCGAAUGACGAAGUUGCGCCGGCUGUAUCAGAUGAUGAUAGCAAUGCAAGACAAAUGCAGACUGCGUAUGACCUGGAUGCUAGCGAUGUAUCCGAUGACGAGUCAGAGGAUAUGGAGUGGGAAGAAGUUGUGAUUCAGCAACCAGGCGCAACAAGCACCCAAAUAGCGGAUAGCAACGAGCCUCUGCAGAUUACGCUUGGCCAGUCUGACGAUAAACCCAAAGCAACUAUCAAGAGACGCAAGCCUGUCUCGGGCGCUGAAAAGAGGCUACGAUUGGAUAUUCAUAAAGUUCAUGUGCUCUGUCUGUUGCAGCACGUUUAUAUUCGCAAUUUCUGGUGUAAUGACGACGAGACUCAAAGGUUUCUCAAGAGGAAGAUUUUGAAUAGGCAAAUAAUUGGGUUUUUGAAUCCUAGGGAGACAUUGGCACAGUUCAAUCGCUCAACCACGUUUAUAGAUGGCCUUAAGCAGGCCAGCGAAGCCUUUGCACGACAAUUCAAGGUGACAGCCCCCGGUAUGCGACGGCCGCAUUGGGUUGAAGAUUCGCAAGCUGCGAACGAGAGGGCGGACCUGAUCAUGCGUGAUGCCGAGACUCUUCUAUCCAAGGACGAUUUUCGAAAACAGGCAGAGAAGCUUCAUGGCUCCCGUGACUUUGGUGCGCAGCUGUUCUGCGCUAUGCUUCGAUCCGCAGCCGUGGAAGCUCGGCUGGUAUGCUCUAUACAAGUACUCCCCUUUUCGGGUGUGGCCAAGGGAAUGAGUCCUGAGAAGCCAAAGAGAGAUUAUAUUGUUAUAUCUUCCGACGACGAUCGAAAUUCAGCGCAGACUGAUAAGUCUAGCAAACCGAGGAGACUGGGCCAACCUUUAUUCAAAUCAAAGAUGGCCUCUUCCUCGUCAUAUGCUGCUGAACGGCCGCGAAACUUUCUCUACUCCCCUUAUCCAGUCUUUUGGGUAGAGGCAUUCAACGAGGCAGUCCAGAAAUGGGUCCCCGUUGACCCGUUGACCACCAAAACAGUUGCAAAGUAUACCAAAUUCGAGCCCCCAGCGAGCGACAGACACAAUAGUAUGUCUUAUGUGGUCGCAUUCGAAGAAGAUGCUUCUGCCAGAGACGUCACUAACCGCUAUACGAAAGCGUUCAACGCAAAGACCCGCAAAACACGGGUGGAAAGCACCAAGGAUGGCGAAAAUUGGUGGACAGUUGUAAUGAAUCAUUUCGAGAAGCCCUUUCCUGAAGAUCGGGAUCAGCUCGAGACGAGCGAACUUACUGCCAAGGCUGCAGCUGAGCCGAUGCCGCGGAAUAUCCAAGACUUUAAAGACCACCCGGUAUAUGCACUGGAAAGACAUCUUCGUCGAAAUGAAGUCAUACACCCCAAAAGAGCCACUGGCCAAGUCGAAGUGAGCAAGUCGAGCUCUAAAAAGAAUAUCUUGGAACCUGUUUAUCGACGCGCUGAUGUGCAUGUUGUUAGAAGUGCCGAUGGAUGGUACCGUCUAGGAAGGGACAUAAAAAUGGGGGAGCAGCCUCUCAAACGGGUUACAGCAGCCAUCUCAAAAAAUGAGACAAUGGAAGAGUUUGAAGAUUCGGAACCUGUGCAGACACCUUUAUAUGCUAUGUACCAAACCGAGCUUUAUCGCCCUCCGCCAGUGGUCAAGGGAAAGAUUCCAAAGAACGUGUACGGGAAUUUGGAUGUCUAUGUCCCGAGCAUGAUUCCACCUGGGGCUUUUCAACUCAAACAUCCCGAAGCAGCUCGAGCGGCGCGGAUCAUUGGCAUUGAUUUUGCAGAAGCAGUUACGGGAUUCGAGUUCAAAGGGCGCCGAGGAACAGCAGUAUUCAACGGCAUCGUUGCAGCUAUUGAAUACCGAGAGGCACUCCAAGAGGUUAUUCGAUGUAUGGAGGAUGAGAAGAUCCAAGCCGAACUAGACAAGAGAACGCGGGAAGCAUUACGUGUGUGGAAACACUUUUUACUGAAAUUGCGAAUCGCCGAAAAAGUCAAGGCUUAUGCAUCUGAGGAAGAGGAUUCUGAAGACGGCCAAAAUGAGCAGCUAUCAGAGGAUGAUACAUACGAGCCGGAGCCUGAAGAAGGAGGAGGGGGUUUCCUCCCGGAGUCGGACGAGGACGUUGCUGAGCCUACCAGUAUGUCCUAUAACAACACAGACUUUGUCUCGGACAGCAAUGCCGGUGAAAUUCCACCAAGUGAUGGCGGCGGGUUCAUCCCUGAUGACGAUGAGUUUGGUGGAGGAGGGUUUAUACCCGAAGUCGAGAUCACAGAAGAUCCCAGAGCUGUUCAGCCCGAGCACAUUUCCGAGCCCGCUACUUUGACCCCGGCGCAACCGAGAAGAAAAGUGCCUCGAUACAAUCUAAUUGUUGUCUCGAAGAAAGAGCAGUCUGACGCUGUAUAUAGUCCACCAUUUGAUCUAACAGAAGAUACGCCAGAGCCCGAGAAAGAAGACGAAGACACCACCAAAGGAUUCUCCAACAGCGCGCCCAUCUUGAUUGACUCGUCUACCGGCCCGGGAUCUCCCUCUGUCAGCGUGGAAGUCUUGUCCAGAUCCCACUCCCGUCAUGCAUCGCGUGUACCAUCUCCGCAACUUGUAGAGGAUGAUUCAGAUAGCAAAGAAAAGGGCCGGAAAACCCAGCGCGAUGACCCAACUCGAACGAACACCCCAAGCACACCGGUUGAGUCCCUGGCGAGACGCACGGCAUACACUAGAGCAGUCGCAACGACUACAAAGGCGAGACGACAAAGGGCGGAGAAGAACGAGAUAAUACCAUCGUCGAUUAUUGGAUCGAGUUUGAAACCACGCAGAGUUCGUGGGUUGCGAGAUUGGGAUAGUCAGAUUACUCUGACGCAGAUUGUCUCCCAAACAGAGUCGCCUAGUGUAGAUAGGGAUUUGUUGGAAGACGAUGAUAACGAGGGCGAGAACGGCAACACAUCCCCCAGAAGACGAGACGUCGAAAUAAUUGAUCUUGUGAAUGAGUCAGAGGAUGAGGACGAGUCGGUACCUCGCACAAGUCAACGAAAAUCUUCUACUUUGAAAAAGAACAGACCCCGACACUCGCCUAACAGGAUCCCGUCCACCACGUUCAAGAGUCGCAAAUCAGUUGGAUUUGAUAGCAGUGCGAAAAAAAAUACCGGUUUUGGAAAGGGCAAAAAUGACAAAUUCUCCAAGAAAGGAAAGGAUGGGAACAAGACCCUCACGCAAAUGGAUUUUGUGCGGCGCUAUAUACCUCUGCCAGACUCAGAUGACGACCUGAAAUCCUACGAUGAACCAUUAGCAUCGACCAGAAACUCGCCUAGAGUGGCUCCACCACCGAAUAUAGAGGAAACAGAAGAAGGCAGGAACGAAUUUCCGACCCCGAGGAAGAGACGAAAGCUGAGCAACGAGCCAGCCUCCGUCACAGCGAGGCCUCCUCCCACCACCCUACCCCAAACACCUCAGAAAAUACGCAAAUUCGAAAUCCCCUCCUCACAGACACCCGAAACACCUCGACAAGAAGUUCUCCCCGCUGCAGAUGUCCAUAACAUACCCCGUCUUCCUCUAGAAGCAUUCUCUACGAAAACGUCAAAAACAAGUCAAGAACAACUACAGAGAGAUCUGAGCGACGCGCAGACACAGUCAUCAUUGCGGCAAAAUUCGACUGUUCCUGAAACCGCAGAAAACUCGGCCAAUGAAAAUACCAAUGGACCAAGCGUGGACUCUUUGGAUCAAUCUACUGCCUCCGCUUUUGACAGUACUUUACCUUCCGGAGCAGAUGAAAUACAGCAACCGUCCGAGUUGCCAGAACUACCACCAUCGUCGUUUUCCAAAACAGUGGUCUACGACACGGAUGACGAGACCGAGUAUAGCGAUUUUGAGGACGACAGACUCCUCCAUUCGCCGAAGCAGGCAAAUGAACCGACCCCAACGGUCAAACGCUCGAGUAAUGUCGAGGAAGACAACUGUAUCCCAAAUAGCGAUGACUCCAAUGAUUUACCUCCUCAUGUGCCCAACUCUGGGACUGACCUAGACAUAAACUACAACACCUUUUCCGAUACCGCACUACCCUCAGACGCCUCGUUGUAUUAUCGCAGACCGGCUCAGUACACCCAGUACCCGACCGAGCCUGUACCGAUGUUAAACAGUCAGAAAAUGGCCGAGUUAUUCCCCAUUGAAGAGACUGAGGAUCCGCCUUCGAUGCCCAAGGCUCCACCAUCUUUGGACAAAGAAACGACGGCGCAGUUCAAGAAUGAGCAUUCGGACAUUCUUUGUCCACAAACCCAGAGUGAUGAGGCGGAAAAAUCAACGCAAAUGGUCCCGGAAUCUUCUCCAAUCGCCAGGAAGCACGAAGAGGAGACGAGCGACAGCAUGAUGCCCCCUCCAAGAGAGGCGCCUGUCGUACUGGUUGAGUCGUCGCAGCUUGUGGACAGAAUCAAUAGACAGAAUAGCAGCAGUCUUGGCACAGGCCCAGCUCUGCCUCGACUGCUUUCUGCUAGAGACUUUCUCACAGAUAGCGUGAUGGAGAGUGUUCCACCGCCUCCGUGGGUCUUGAGCCAGGACAGUACACCACUCAAUAAUUUUGCUUUGAUUUAA